UGCGGCUCUCGGCUAGCUGUAGGUUGUGCCUCUGCGAUUUGGCAAUUGGGCUGUGGAAUGUUACGCCAAACUCGACCUUUGUACUCUACCCCUAUCAAGCACCCUUUACGGCCCUCACGAUUAGAAACCACCACAGAAGGGUAAAUGCAGGCAUGUUCGCCACAGCAGUUACAAGCCCUUGGAACAUGCAAAACACUUCCCGCCUGUCUCCACUCCUAUGUUGCCUCCAGGUACAUUUGAAGGCAAGACUGCAUUCAUCACAGGUGGAGGAACCGGUCUGGGAAAGGGCAUGGCAUUGUGUUUGUCUCAACUUGGCGCCAGAGUGGCCAUUUCAGGCAGAAAAAUGGAGCCACUGCAACAAACAGCAACAGAAAUAACUGGCAUAACUGGAAAUAAGGUUCUUCCGAUAUCUGCAGAUGUGAGGAGUGAGGAUGCUGUAAAACAAGCCCUGGACAACAUCACAUCUGAGUUUGACCUACCCACGAUCAUUGUCAACAAUGCUGCUGGAAACUUCAUCUCGCCUACGGAGAGAUUAUCAAACAAUGCAUGGAAGACUGUGGUUGAUAUUGUUCUGAAUGGCACAGCCAACGUCACAUUGCAAGCAGGGAAGCGUCUGAUAGAGGCAGGGAAAGGUGCUGCCUUUUUGUCCAUAUCCACCGAUUAUGCAGAGACAGGUUCUGGUUUUGUUGCACCAAGCGCUGCUGCCAAGUCAGGCGUUGAAGCACUCACAAAAUCUCUCGCUGCUGAAUGGGCAAGAUAUGGAUUCAGAUUCAACUGCCUGUCUCCAGGAGCUAUUGAGACAAAGGGAGCAUUCAGUCGCCUUGACCCGACUGGUCAGUUUGUACAGAAGUUUGUGCAUCGUAUCCCUGCUGGACGCCUUGGGCAAGUGCCUGAACUAGCCAACUUGGCUGCAUACCUGGUCAGCGACUAUGCCAGCUGGAUCACUGGACAGGUGGUGAGACUGAAUGGGGGUGAGUACCCGGCCUCGUCAGGGAUGUUCAGCCCGCUGGUACAGGUGACCAAGGAGCAGUGGGACCAGUUGGAAUCCAUGAUCAGAGGGGUGAAAGGAUCCUGAACUGUGCACGGAGGUCCGACACUUCUCACAACAGUCCCUCCAGCUAGCUCAUACUAUAGGGCAUUGAUUGUUUGAUGACCAGGGCAUGGAUUGUUGAUGAUCAGGUCAUUGAUCGUUGAUGACUAGGUCAUUGAUUGUUGAUGACUAGGUCAUUGAUUGUUGAUGACUAGGUCAUUGAUUGUUGAUGACCAGGUCAUUGAUUGUCGAUGAACAGGUCAUUGAUUGUUGAUGACUUGGUUAUCUAUUGUUGAUGACCAGGUCCUUGAUCGUUGAUGACCAGGUCAUUGAUCAUUGAUGACUUGGUUAUUGAUUGUUGAUGACCAGGUCAUCCAGUACCAAUUAAUCAGAAUGGCUGUAUAUGACUGUGUGUUUGAAUGAUUCUUUGCAGAAAUUAAAGAUUUGACCCAAGCAUUUUUGUACAUGAUGAAGGACAUUCAAUGAAUAUAGCCUUGAGAGACUUAAUUGAUGAGUUAGUGAGUGAUUGGAUGUAAACCGCAAGUAACUCAUCUUGUAUUCCAUGACAUUGUGUUACAAAUCUGUUACUUCACUGAUCACUUUGCUGUAUGUUAUGUGAUAUUCCAUACAGACAAUCUGUUUGUGUUGUGUUGUAAGAUUUAGAAAUAAUAAAAUUGUUAUAUUUUCA